CCAUAAAGUGCUUAUCUUACGAAGAAGCCCCGCCCAGGCAUCUGCUCCUCCCUUCAGCUCUGGCUUCCCAAGGAAAUGAAAGCGAACAGUCCAGACUGGGCAGUGGAGAGAGAGAGAAGCAGCACUUGGCAGGUCCCAGGAGUCAGCUCCUAGAUCACAGGGUUUCACCCCUGCUCCAGCGACAUGGCAGAGCUCAAUGUCGUCCCGGCUAGGGAUCUGGACAAGUUCAUCCACGACUACCUCAUGGUGAACACACCUUUCCGCAAGCAGGUCAAAGAAGCAAUCCACAUCGUCAGCAGUUUCCUGAAGGAGAGGUGUUUCACGGAUGAACCCCACCGCAUGGAGGUGUCUAAAGUUGUCAAGGGUGGCUCCUCAGGCAAAGGCACGGCCCUCAGAGGCCGAUCUGAUGCUGACCUGGUCAUCUUCCUCAACAACUUCACAAGUUUUGAGGACCAGUUUGAGCAACGAGGAGAGGUCAUCAAAGAAAUUAGGAGCCGGCUGAAAGCAUAUCAUAGAGAGGGGAAGUUUGAUGUGAAAUUUGAGGACCAGGAUCCAAGUCACAAGAACCCCCGUGCUCUAAGCUUCUCGCUCAGAUCUCGGGAGCACAACUGGCUCCCAAAGGAGGUGGAGUUUGAUGUCCUGCCUGCCUUUGACGUCCUGGGUCAGUGGAAGGGAGGCAGACCUGACCCUGAAGUCUAUGUCCAGCUUAUCCAGGUGUCUCAGAAGCUGGGGAGGGAGGGAGAGUUCUCCCCCUGCUUCACGGAGCUGCAGAGAGCCUUUCUGAAGCAGCGGACACCCAAGCUGAAGAGCCUCAUCCGCCUGGUGAAGCACUGGUUCCAGAAGUGUAAGGAGAAGCUUGAGAAGCCACUGCCUGCUCAGUAUGCCCUGGAGCUCCUGACAGUCUACACGUGGGAGCGAGGCGGUGGGAGAAAAGACUUUGUCACAGCAGAGGGCUUUCGGGCUGUCUUGGAAUUAAUCCUGAAUUACAGGCAGCUCUGCAUCUUCUGGAGAAAGUAUUACUUAAAAAACCCUACUGUCAGAGGGUAUCUGCAGAAACAGCUCAAAAAACCCAGGCCUGUGAUCCUGGACCCCGCUGACCCCACAGGAAACGUGGCUGGGGAGGACCUGUGUGCCUGGGCGCGGCUGGCAGAAGAAGCCCACACCUGGCUGAGCUACCCCUGCUGUAGGAAUUCAGAUGGAUCCCCUGUGAAGGCCUGGAAUGUGCCGCCAAACAGGAGAGUGAGAGGGAGGAAGACUAGGAAGAUGUGACCUACUUCACAGGGAAUGUCUGCUCACUGGGCAGCAAAGCGGAUCCUCUCAGAGCCUCAGCCCAUACCUGGAUGGAUCCCUAGCAUGUGUUCAGCCCCAGCAGAAGAGAACUGGGCACACACCAUCCUCCGAAGGCCAGUGGGUCUUAGGGAAAGGGCACUAGAGUUGGCGGGGGAGGGGGGUCCUCUCGUUUCCAGACAAGGGAAGGCAGCCUGUGGACCAAGGAUGCCCUCUGCCUUCCCACCAUCACAUACCCACCUCCAUGCACAGACAUUGUCCCCCCACAGCCCCCUCCCCCAAUCCUAGUCUCCAAGAGGCAACAGGAGAGACAAAGCGUGGGCUCCCAGCCCUGGCUUUCCUCUGUGCACCUGCCAGGAGCACAAUGGUCCAAUUAUCAGCAAUAAAACAAAAGACUAGCAAGCAUCA